UUUAUCAAACAAUGAGAUAUUGGGUGUCACUACGUUUUCUAUUGUCUACUUUUGUGUUUACGAUCAUACUUUUCUCCAGAAAUUUUAUGAGCUCCGGUGGUGAUCGAUUAGCAGCAUUUCUCGGAACUAGAGGUUUAAAUGUUGAUAAACGCCACGACACAUUUCUCGGCUUCGGGGGACUACUCGAAGAAGGUUAUUACGAUGAAGGUUCAUGCACAAGCAAACGCGAAUCAACUCUCUAUCGUAAACCCUCCCUUCACGAGCCUUCUACUUACUUAGUCUCGAGAUUACGAAAAUAUGAGUCCAUGCAUAGAAAAUGCGGUCCUAAUACUCAAAAUUACUACCAAGCCCUAAAAUUGCUCUCCUCAAAUAAUAGUGGUUCUGGUGUUAAUUAUCAAAAUUUUGAAGAUUGUAAAUACCUAGUUUGGAUUCCUCGAAGUGGUUUGGGAAAUAAAUUAGUAAGCCUAGUCUCUACAUUUCUAUAUGCCCUCCUCACUACUAGGGUUUUGCUCAUCGAUCAACAAGUUAGCAUGGAAGGUCUCUUCUGCGAGCCCUUCAAGAACACGACGUGGAUCCUCCCAUCGGAUUUUCCCUUGAGGAGUGAAUUCGGAGGCUUCCGCCAUGGCUCUCCUUACUCUUAUGGCCGGAUCAUACUAAAUAAGAUGAACACAAACGCCUCAUCUUUUGUGUAUCUCCAUGUGUCUUUUGAUUCUGACGAUCUUGACAUGCUCUUAUUUUGCAAAGAGUAUCAAAUCCCACUUCAAAAAGUGCCAUGGCUUGUGAUAAGAUCGGACCAAUAUUUCGCCCCGUCUCUAUUCUUAACUCCCACCUUUGAUGAAGAACUCGAAAAUCUAUUCCCAAAAAAGGACACCGUCUUCCAUCACUUGGGAAGGUACCUCUUUCACCCUUCAAACGAAGUUUGGGGACUCAUCAAGAGGUACUACGACGCGCACUUGGCCGACGCGAAAGAGAGAAUUGGUAUCCAAAUAAGAGACUUCGCCACCACUCCCAUGGGGUUCGGACGAAUGAAGAAACACAUAUUCAGACACUACCUCCCUCAAUUCGCGCACGACGAAUCCAUCGUGCGACAGAUUGAGGAUAUUUGUAACGUGACAAGCUUGGACCGACACAUGAUGGACCGAGUCGUGUCGUGCUUCCUCGAACGCAAGCUCUUGCCAAACGUGCGCAAUCCAAACCUAGCCACGAUGAACAUCUCAAACGAAGACCAAACAAUUAGGUCGAAGGCAGUUUUAGUGACGUCUUUGAGCUCGUCUUACUACAAGAAUAUAAGCGAGAUGUAUCGAGAUAUUCUUGGAGUUUUCCAACCGAGCAACGAGGGCGUACAGAAAAGUGGUAAGAGUACGCAUAAUAUGAAGGCGUGGGCGGAGAUAUAUCUAUUGAGCUUGAUGGAUGAAUUGAUAACGACCCCGUUUUCGACUUUUGGGUAUGUAGCUCGAGGUCUUGGAGGCAAAAGGGCAUGGAUGGUGAAUGGACCUCAUAGAGAAAUGGAAGCAAAUGAGCCAUCUUGUAUUCAAGUUACAUCAAUGGAGCCUUGCUUUCACAAUCCUCCAUCUAAUUAUCAUUGUAACUUCGAAACUAGAUCCAUGGUUCCUAAUUAUGUCCAGCACUGUGAGGAUUUGAAGUGGGGUCUUAAAUUGGUUGAUGUUCAUAAUCACUAGUUUUUUUUAAUAGAAAUAUUGGGUCCAGAAAAUUAAAAGAUAUAUCAUACAAUUUGUAUUUUUGUUAUUUAUAUUUUUAUCCCGGAUCCCCACAUUUGUACGUGGUAA